CUAACUCUUUUUCACCGCCAACACUGUCUUCCUUAUCUCGCUGCUGCCUGCUGCUGUUCUUCUCUUCUCUUCUGGGUUUACGUUUUUACUCACUUCUGUUUGCUCUGCCGAUUAUUUCUGAGACUUUGAUUUUCCUAGCUCUAUCAAGAUGUCUGACGAUGAAAGAGAGGAGAAAGAACUGGAUCUCUCUUCUCCUGAAGUUGUUACCAAGUACAAGAGCGCUGCAGAAAUUGUUAACAAGGCUAUGCAGCUAGUGUUGUCAGAAUGUAAGCCAAAUGUCAAAAUUGUUGAAAUUUGUGCUAAAGGGGAUGCAUUCAUCAGCGAGCAAACAGGAAAUAUGUACAAAAAUGUGAAGAAGAAGAUUGAGAGAGGGGUUGCAUUUCCAACUUGUAUCUCUGUAAACAAUACUAUUUGUCAUUUUUCUCCACUUGCUAGUGAUGAAACGGUAUUGAAAGAGGGUGAUAUGUUGAAGAUUGAUAUGGGCUGUCAUAUCGAUGGAUUCAUUGCUGUAGUUGCUCACACUCAUGUGCUACAUGAUGGGCCAGUGACGGGUAGACAAGCUGAUGUUAUUGCUGCAGCUAAUACUGCUGCUGAGGUUGCUUUGAGGCUUGUUAGGCCAGGUCGAAAGAACAAAGAUGUGACAGAAGCAAUUCAGAAGGUUGCAGGUGCUUAUGACUGCAAAAUUGUGGAGGGGGUUCUCAGUCAUCAGCUGAAACAAUUUGUCAUUGAUGGAAACAAAGUUGUUACCAGUGUCUCUAACUCUGAAAUAAGAGUGGACGAUGUAGAGUUUGAAGAGAAUGAAGUAUAUGCCAUUGAUAUUGUUGCAAGCACUGGGGAGGGCAAGCCAAAGUUGUUGGAUGAGAAACAGACUACCAUUUAUAAGAGGGCUGUUGAUAUGAGUUAUCAGUUGAAGAUGAAAACCUCUAGGUUUAUAUUCAGCGAAAUAAGCCAAAAAUUUCCCAUCAUGCCUUUUACUGCAAGGGCCUUGGAAGAAAAGCGUGCUCGUUUGGGACUUGUAGAAUGUGUAAAUCAUGAUCUCUUGCAACCUUAUCCCGUUCUUCAUGAGAAACCUGGUGAUUUUGUUGCCCACAUAAAAUUCACAGUUCUUCUUAUGCCUAAUGGGUCUGAUAGAGUGACAUCCCGUCCUAUACAAGAGCUACAACCUACUAAAACAAUAGAUGACCCUGAAAUCAAAGCCUGGCUAGCUUUGGCCACAAAGACUAAGAAGAAAGGUGGUGGGAAAAAGAAGAAAGGAAAGAAAGGUGGUAACAUAGCUGAGGAAUUGGCAGAAGCUGAGCCAAUGGAUGCAGCACCAUCCAAUGGCUCUCAGUCUGUAGAAUGAAUUAAUGAAUUCUCUUUAGAGAAGACAAGCUGUUUCAGACUCUUCAAAUUUUGUUAACUUUCUUACCUAUCCAUCCAUCCCUAAACUGUUAUUUCAGUGUAUACAACUCAUUUUCUCUGGGUUUUUUUCUCUUUAAGUUAUAUAUUGAAUUUGAAUUUUGGCAUAAAGUUUCUUAUUUUCUUUAUAUGUUGGUUGAAGAUAUUUAGCA